AAGCUACGUCAUUCAGACGCGCGAGGAAGCUGCUGUUACUGUAUGCACCAAAUUAGCCGCGCUUUUGUUUAUUAAAAAGGCACCAAUAUACACGUUUAUGUUGAUUAUGUUGUUUGCUUGCUGCUGUUGUUCUCCGGUUUUAGGAAGUCAUUUUAACAGCUGACAUUUUUUUUUUUUUACUAAGCAACAAAAAGCGGAAUGUUAAGCAACUGAACUGCUGCGCCUUACGCAUCGCUAUCUGCAGGAACAUUCUUCUCCCCUUCGAUCUUUGUUAAGAAAAAAAAAAAAAAAAUGACAACUCUGACGAGGCAAGACCUUAACUUUGGACAAGUGGUUGCUGACGUUUUGUGUGAGUUCCUGGAGGUUGCCAUUCACCUCAUCCUGUACGUGCGAGAUGUCUAUCCCUCUGGAAUCUUUCAGAAGAGAAAGAAAUACAACGUACCUGUGCAGAUGUCCUGUCACCCUGAGCUGAAUCAGUACAUCCAAGAUACUUUACACUGUGUGAAGCCGCUCAUUGAGAAGAACGAUGCAGAGAAGGUGGUCGUGGUCAUCAUGGACAAAGAGCAUCAUCCGGUCGAGAGAUUUGUGUUUGAGAUCUCCCAACCGCCUCUACUUUCAGUCAGCUCAGACACUUUGCUGUCACACGUGGAGCAGCUGCUGAGAGCGUUCAUCCUGAAGAUCAGCGUGUGUGACGCCGUUUUAAACAACAACCCGCCAGGUUGCUCUUUCACGGUGCUUGUGCACACCAGAGAUGCUGCUACACGCAACAUGGAGAAGGUUCAAGUCAUUAAGGAUUUUCCAUGGAUUGUCGCCGAUGAGCAGGAAGUUCACAUGAAGGAGCCGAGACUCAUUCCGCUGAAGUCCAUGACGUCCGACAUAGUUAAAAUGCAGCUCUACGUGGAGGAGAGAGCCCAGAAAACGUAGUGAGAAACGACAGACCACGCUGGGCAAGCGCGUCGGUGACAGCUGCACAAUAAGCUGAAUAUUUAUCUCAGCCUGUCGGCGAAAGAUUGAUUCUUACGAAGAGACGCCGUCAGGAAAUGUUAGCUGUUCGUCAUGGAAUAUAUCUGAGGUGCUUUCCUCUCGCUGCAUCUUGCCUUGUGCAUCAGACUGAAACAUUGGGCCGCCGUUUGAUGAAUCAUGAAUUAAAUAUGCUGGUUGGAAAGCCUAUUUGUGUGUGGGUGUGGAAUAGUAACUCAACUUUGGGUGUUAUGAAUACAAUUCAAUAUGUGCUAAAUGGUUCUGUUCUGUUCUGUCUGACUUAAAUGUACAGUUUUUUUUUUUAACGCUGUUGUACUUUACAAAAUUCCAUGAUGCAUUUAUUAUGAUUACAGUAGGUAAGUCCAAGAAAUGUAAAUUUCUUCAUUUGUUGCCAAGUCAUGAUGUAUUAGAAUUUCAUCAUUCAUGAUGGUAGUCUAAAAUAUUGAUUUGCAAUAAAUAAAUAAAAAAAGAA